ACAGAGUAGAGAUAUACUUUAAGGACGUUUGCAGCCAAAAUUGAGAAACAAAGAAACAGAGUAAACCUUGAAACACGUGAUCAAUUUUGUGAGCACAACACACGUGUAGAUUUAUCAAUGAAAAUAAUUAAAGGGAUAAAAAAAGGAAUUAAAUUAAAAGUGGGAAGACAUAAAACAAGAUUGAUAAUACACAAACUAAAAAAGUAUCCUGCUCGCAAGUGUAAAAAGAUGUUUACUCCUAAAAGUUUUGCGCUAAAUAUUGUUGACACUGUGGAUAUUGAGGCGCAGAAUGUUCCUUCGGAAAAAAACAUUCCUCCAGAUGAGAAUGUUAAUUCUUUCGCAGAGAGAACAAGCACACAGCUGAACGCUGAGCAGAAAAAGAAACAAUUAUUCAACAAAGAAACUGCUGACGAAUCGUCCGAUGUUGAAUGUGAUGUUACGAUGUGGAGUGACUCUGAGCAACAAACACAGGAAGAGACAGACAAUGACUGGAAACUGGAUGUCUCAAAUGAAAAGUUGGAAAAAGAAGUCAACGACGAUUGGAUGCAAAUUGUUCGCAAUGAACAGAGAAAUCUGGAUUCGCCGAUUGUGGUUAAGAUGAAUUUGGACAACUCCAUUCCUUCAAACAUUCCAGAGAUACUUGAACAGCAACCAAAGACGCGAACUGAAAGUAGCGCGUUUUAUGAUAAGAACAUUUUCAUUCAUUCAGAAUCAUGGUCCAACAAGGAUAAUCACAUGGUCAUCAUAGAUAGCGAUUGUCUGAAACCCAAGGACGAUACCCAUUUGCCAGUCGAAGAGAAACAGGCAUUGUCUGUGUCAUGGAAUGUUGACGAAACUGACCAAAUCAAAGGAAAUUUCGCUGUCAAUGACUUCGUCCGUGCUGACGUGAGCCCUGCACGUAGAGAAUCCGUCGAUCAGUCCAUAAGUAGCAACAGCGACGCAGAAGCGUGCUGUAGUUCUCAGAAAGUCUUGGAAGAUGCCAGCGAGGCUGUAACUACCUGUAACAGCAGAUCAGAAGAUGUGAGUGACGUCAGCAGUUUCGGGAACAGUCCUAUGCACGGUGAAUCGUUCUUGAGGAGAAAGUUCAGGAAAUCGAAUAGUCCGCAGGCUUUCACGGAAGGCAACGACGUGUAUUCGCACAAGCUCACGAAGCCGCAGCUGUACAGCAUCAGGAACAUCGUGAUCGUUGUCAUGAAAAGCGACAGUGGAUUCUGCUUCAGCGGCAAGCUGUCGAUGAAUGUGCUGUACGGCGCCGUGGAGGUGUACGGUGCCAUAUUGGACGCGUCCAAGCCUGCCACGGAGGUAUAUUCGCCGAAGGGAUACAGCAGCGUCUUCGUCGAGAGCAGCGAACAUUUCCCGGAAGGUGACGUCGAGAACAUAUGGACGGCGCUGUCCGCGGAAGGCGUCACUCGGGACUCGGAGAGCAAGCUGCAGGAGGUCAUCGACAAGGUCGAACCGGGAACAGCCGUGUUGGUGUUGCGGAAUCUCGAGAACAACCUGACACUCUUCCUGCAGACUUACUUUCCGCUGAAACUGUUCCCGAACGUGAAGAACCCUGGCUACUACUCCUGGAUGGAUCACCAGCGAGCCGAGAUAGUGCUGCAGGCGCGCCUGCACGACCCCACUCGCAAGCGACUGAUCGUCGAGCCGUGCAUCAUCACCGAUAUCGUUAACAGGAUGUUGGCGCUCUGGAGAGCGAACGAAUGGUCUUGCACGUUGGUCGCUGGAGGCAAGAGCGUCGGCAAGUCCACCAGCGCGCGCUUCUUGAUCAACCGGUUGCUGCACACGUGCGGGAAGGUGGUCCUAGUGGACGUGGACCCCGGCCAGGCGGAGUGCACGCCGGCCGGCUGCAUCUCGUACAGCCUGAUCGAGCAGCCGCUGACCGGGCCGAACUUCACACACCUGCUGACGCCGGCUUACCAACUGUUCAUCGACGAGAUCAACGUCGCACAGUGCGUCACGCGCUACUUGGAGGGCGUGAGGAUGCUGGUCGACCGGCUGAAACGGUGCCCGGUAAUGUCGCGUCUGCCGGUCGUCGUCAACACGAUGGGCUUCACACGCCACAUCGGCUGGGACCUAGCGAUCGUCACGGUGAAGCUCGUCAGGCCGUCUUUUAUCCUGCAGAUUUUGUCGAGGAAGGGGAACAACUACGCGGACUUGCUGAGCGCGGACAUCGUGAAUAAACAGGAACGCAAGUGGGAAUUUUGCAACGAGACGUUCGUCGACUGGAAUAGACCCUGUGAUCACAAUUUAUGCGUGAUAUACUCGAACGCGGAAAAUAAAGGCACGUGGAGAUCGAACGAGUUGAACUUGGAGCCGUAUCAGCAACGCGAGCUCGUAAUGAUGUCUUAUCUCAGCAGAAUCAUACGCGAUGAUUAUAACGAUCCCUUCCAACACAGCGUGGGUUUGCCGUUCAGCAUCAACGAGGCGGUACCAUACAAGACGUUCUUUUCCUCCCUGUGCAUCAUUCCUCAACGAUUAUUCGGCGUACCAGCCUCGCACGCCCUGAAGGUCAUCAACGGUAACAUAGUGGCACUGUGCGGUAUAGACUUGACGGAGGAGGAGUCUUCGCAGGAGCCCAACGACGCAUCCGGCCCCAGGGUGCUCACGCAACGAUCACCUUUGUGCACCUGCUACGGAUUUGGAAUAAUACGAGGUGUCGACAUGGAGCAGCAGGAAGUUUUCAUCAACACUCCGCUGCCCAUAUCGAUGAUGCAGCAUGUCAACUGUUUAGCGGGCUGCAUCCCUGUUCCGCCGGUUCUGUUGCAACUGAGCCCGGGCACGCCGUACGUUGGCGGGAACGCAACGCUGCCGACGAGUCGCGAACCCCGCAAGGGCUACUUUCGAAUGAAAUAUCGAAAGAGUCUGAGCAACUCCUGACGAGACACGGAGUUGCGUAAACGUAUGGUGAAACAGCGCAAAUGCCACACGAGCGUUGCGGCUCCGAGACGAAGGUACCCCGCAAGUUUUUUACACGUAGUACUCGCUGCGGACAUGACGGCGCAUAAGCAGGCCGAGUGCGUCGAAACAACAGGAGGAUGCUGACACCGGACAAUAUUUCUUGCGGUUGUGUCAUAUAUGCCUUAACAUCGCACUUAUUACACUCAUGUGAUCUGCAACCUAUCUAAAUGUAUAAGGCGUAUCGGAGGAUAUUUGUACAGAAAAUCGUGAGAAACCCGAAAAAUAUACGCAGGUGUUUCAGAACCUAUGGGACGAAUUUCAGGGGGUGUUAGGUCUCACCAAGAGGAUCGAUUUUUGUCGAGGAAUCCGAUACGUUUUUAAGAAGCUACGCGCAUCGUUGCUCGGACCGUCUAUGAAAUGGGCGUUCGCACAACAGCACUAAUCUACAUCUUUUGAUUGUAGUUUUGAUUGUAGUUGUUUCUUAAAAUUUCAUUUUGAGUUGCAAUGUCACAUGGAUGUAAUAAAUGUAAUAAAUAUGAUAAAUGUGAUCAAGUCAAGGCAGGCAUUUGGAGCACUUUCUGUAAUAAAAUGUGCGAAUAAAAUAAAAUAAAGCAAAAAUAAAAUCAAAAGACGUAGAUUAGUUAGGCGUCAUGCACAAUGUUCUUUAGCGACUGGUUGCUUAUCUCACAGGCGGUUUGAACAAAAACGUCGUUAAAGGGGCGUCGGAAGACGGGUUUUUUUUUUUUUACAAAAACUGAUUCUCUUGUUGAAACCUACCACUUGUUGAGAUUUGUCCAUGAGAGUCCUGAAAUAAUCUGCAUAUAAAGAUAUAUAUAUAUAGGGUGUUCCAUUUUAAAUAAUGACCUCAAAUAUCACUUGAACAAUCCAUUUUAAAGAAAAGUGAUCCAUAUAAAAGUUGGAGAAUUUAAAAGAGUCUAUUUAUCGAUCUUAUCAAUUUGACCUUUAGUGGAGUGUCAAGAUCAAAGAAAAGUCAAUUUCAUUUUUUUUCUACGAAAUCACAUGAUUUUUUUAACACAAGCCAAUGCCUCUAUUCGUUCUGUAUAUAAAAGUAGUAGGAUGUAAAAUUAUUACUAAGAUUAUCAAAAAGUGAAUACUUUCCGAUAAUAUACGCAGAAUGAACGUGAAAAUAAAUUUUUAUCGAGAAAAUUAUGAUUCCUUAAAAAAAAAAUGAGGUUGAUCUUCAUUUGACUUUGAUGCUUCUAUCCAAGAUCGAACUAAUAAGGUCAGUAGAUAGUUCAGUUUUAAACUCUUCAAUUUUCAUAUGAAAAAUUUUUCUAUGAAAUGCUUUGUUCAAGAGAUAUCUGAAGUCAUCAUUUAAAAUGGGGGACACCCUUAUAUAUUAUAUGUAAUUAUAUAUAAUAUAUAAAAUAUAUAUUGGGUUUGUUCGAUAAGUCGUAGGAGAUUUUUUAUGAAAAAUCCAAAGAAGGAAAUACUUUUAUAGUUUAACAAUUUUUCUUUUAUGUUGGAAACUUUUGACCAUCGCAAAAAAACGACCGAUACAUUAUUAAAAAACAUUAUACCUAAUUAUAGCAACAUCGAUUUUGAAUUUUCCAUAAAAAUUCCUACAAACUUGUCGAACAAUCCAAUAUAUAUAUAUAUACAUAUACAUACAUAUAUAUAUAAAUAAUAUUUUAAUACA